UUCAUUUUCAAAUAUCCAUAAAACUACUGCGUUAAAUUGUAAAUUAUAAAAUAAAAUUAUUAAUAUUUUACAUCAUGGCUGAAAUAAAAAUUUUGGGAGAAACAAAAUUAAUUUAUGGUGGUUUUAUUUACGUGCGGUCUAAAUUACCCACCAAUGGCAAGACAUACUGGGAAUGUAACAAAUUACGUAGAAAAGAGUGCAGAUCGAGAAUUAUUACUGCUUUCGAUAUUUCUGAAAAUAAAAAUUAUUUUAUACGAAAACCAACGCUGGACAAUCACAAUCACGGUCCCAACCAAGAAGAGUGUGAAUUAGAGAUCUUCAAAUAUUAUUUGAAGCGGAAGGCUGAGGGUCAACCACAAAUAUUACGUACAGAGAUGGCUGGGCUAUCUGACGGGGUUCUCAGUCAACUACCUAACCCUGAUAAUUUAAAGAAAUCAAAGCGUCAAGUCCAGAGAAAAAAUUUGCUGUCCAAUCCGAAAACACUUUCUGACUUGGGUACUCUUCCCAAUCAGUAUCAGAAAACGAAUACAGGUAAAAAAUUUUUAAUUUAUAAUUCGUUUGAUGAUAAUUUUGUCAAUGAAGGUAAAGUUGUUGUGUUUACGGCCCGGAGAAAUUUAGAAUUAUUGGCAAGGAGCAACUGUUGGUUUUUAGAAGGGACUUUUAAGGUUUGAUGGUUUUUAUCUCCCAUAAUUUCCAAGGCUGGGCAAAUUAAGGUUUUUUAUAACUUGUUAAGUUAAAUUAUUAUAAGAAAAAGUGAAUUAAGUUAAAAGUAAAAUAUGUUUUUAAUGUAACUUAUUAAGUUAAAAGUUAGUUUAAAAAAAAAAGUAAGAGUUGCAUAACUUAGAGUUAAUAUUAAUUUAACGUUUUAACAUAAUUUGAAUGCCCAGCCUUGAUCAUUUAUAUUCAUAAUCAUUUCAUAAUUCUUAGGAGUGUCCCACUAUUGGUCACUUUAUAUGCAUUAUAAUUUAUUAAUUUUAAAAUAUUUAAUUAUUAUAUUACAGCAUUUAUUGUGUUAAUUUUAAUUGUAUUUAUUAUAAUGUGUAUUAUUUUUUAUUAAUUAUUAUAAAUAAAGGCCUCAACAACAAGAUCAUAGGCCACUUAAUAUUAUAUAUUAUAAUUUAUCGAUUUUAAAAUAUUUAAUUAUUACACUAUACCAUUUAUUAUGU